AUGCCAACACCUUUGGGGUAUUCCAAGGUGUUGCAGGGGACCGAGACAGACGCAGCGGGACCUAUCUAUCGCUCUCUGGCACAACCACGAGACGCUAUCCUGCAAGACCCGGCUAAUCCAGACGAUCCUUUCGUGGGUCUAACGAGGCCAGAAGCACCCAGCUUAUAUCACAACUUCAUCCGCACUGCUGAGAGCUACCCCGCACUCCAGUGCCUCGGUGUACAGCCUCUUGUUGACGGUGUCGCGCAACCGUUCACGUGGCUCACGUACGAACAAGUCGCUACUCGAAUUGCCAAUGCCGGUGCGGGUAUGAUGCACUUAGACCUGUUGCCGCGUGUGGGGGAUGACGAAAGCGACCGAAUGUUGGCUGUGUACAUGAAGAACUCGAUUGACUGGGUGGUUGUGGAGUAUGCAGCGUAUUCAUUCAGCGCGGUUGUCGUGGCACUGUACGACACGUUGGGGGCUGACUCAACGCAGUACAUUUUGAACCAGACAGAGAUUUCGACUAUCGUCUGCACAGCUGCAGAGCUGCCCAAGCUCACUCAGAUUUCUUCCAACUGUCCGUACCUGAAAACUGUCAUCAUUUCGGGCGGGUCAACGGGCGACGCACAAUUUGAAGCCGAGUGCGAUGCUAGCGGAGCUGGUCUCAACGUGUUGCAUUUGGAGAUCGUCGAGUCCGAAGGACACAAGCACCCCAUGCCUGCCGAGCCGCCGACUGGAGAUGACAUGGCUACCAUCAUGUACACGAGUGGAACCACGGGCGAUCCGAAGGGAGUUAUGCUCACUCACGCUGGAAUCCUAUCAGGGUGCGCUGCUGUUAAAGACUUCUGCAUCGCGGGUGGCCACGCGUUCUCUUCCGGCAGUGUGUACUUGUCGUAUCUUCCCCUGGCGCACAUUCUCGAGCGCACAUCACACGUGCAUUCGUUCAGCGUGGGAAGUCGGAUAGGCUUCUCGCAAAACAACCCCCUGAAACUCGUUGACGACAUCAAGGCACUGCGACCGACCGUGUUCGUCACCGUCCCUCGCUUACUCAAUCGGAUUUACGACUCGAUCACCGCCAAGAUGCUGAAUGGGAAGAAGUCCGUGGCCUUCCUGUUCACCACUGGAGUGCGUACGAAGAUUCGCCGAUUGCGGAGACGCGGAAUCGCCCGCCACGCGUUCUGGGACCGCUUGCUGUUCCGCAAGAUCCGAGCGGGGCUUGGACUCGAUCGAUGUGAGUUUAUUAUCUCUGGAUCAGCGCCACUAGCCCCCGAAGUCCUCGACUUUUGCAGAAUUGCCCUCUUGGCCACUGUUGUCGAGGGAUAUGGGCAAACUGAGACUUGCGGUGGAGUUACUGCUACGCCAUUCCACGAUCUGUCCACGGGUUUCGUUGGCACUCCAAACACGGCCGCGGAGAUCCGUCUCGAGUCCGUUCCCGACAUGGGGUACCUUGUGAUGGAUCGAUCGCAUGGAGAGGGGUCUGCUGCUGUUCCCUGCAUGGGGCGCGGGGAGAUCUGUGUCCGAGGACCGCUCGUCUUCAAAGGUUACUACAAGCAGCCAGACAAGACAGCUGAAGCCAUGGAUGCUAGUGGGUGGCUGCACACCGGAGACAUCGGCCUGUGGUCCCCGUUGGGUCAGCUGCGCAUUAUCGACCGCAAGAAGAACAUUUUCAAGUUGUCCCAAGGUGAGUACGUGGCUCCGGAAAAGAUCGAAAAUGUUCUCGUCACGUGUCCGAGCAUCGGGCAAAUCUUCGUGGAUGGCGAUAGCUUCCAUUCGCACGUCGUGGCGAUCGUUGUUCCUGAUGAAGCAGUUAUUCGCUUGGUUGCAAAGGCUAAUGGCUUGCUGAACGCAAGUUUCCGAGAGCUUUGCGAUCACGACUCGAUCAGGGGAACCGUGAAGAAAGAGAUCGAGGAGGCCUCGAAACGCGCAAAACUUGCAGGAUUUGAGCGUGUGCGUGAGAUCUAUCUGCACCACGAGCUUUUUACAGUCGACAACGAGCUUCUAACGCCCACAUUCAAGCUCCGCCGAGCCGACGCUCAAAGGCGCUUCAAGAAUGAGAUCGCUCACAUGUACGAGCUGACAGGUGACAGCAUCGUCAAGGGCAUCCCCGAUAUCAAGUAG